UUGUGCAAAAUUCAGCGAUGAGUGUCAAUGAGAUAAUAUAGAAACACGUUAUCAUUAUUUUUACGAUGUUUUUUUCACCAAUUUAAAGCUAAAUACUAUUAUUUGAACCUUAUUUAUUAGCGAUAGCGUUCCCGUUUAAGAUUUUGUAAGUGUAAAAUAAGAAUGUGGUCAUCUCAAUCAGUCAACAAUGGCAUUCAAAACAAUAAAGAAAAUGUUACACAAAAAAAUGAUACAAAAAUACCUACUUUGGGUAUGACCUCAGCUAUAUCCACAGCUCCUCCUAAACCAUCUGAUCUUUUAAAGACAGCAGAAUUAGAAGAAGCACUUAAACCAUUUGAUGUUUUUGAAACUGAGCAAGAAUUAAACCAUCGUAUGGUUAUUUUAGGCAAAUUAUAUUCGUUGGUUAAACAAUGGAUUAAAGAUGUUUCUAUAUCAAGAAACAUGCCAGAAUCAGUUGCUGAAAAUGUUGGAGGCAAAAUAUACACAUUCGGAAGCUACAGAUUAGGUGUUCAUAAUAAGGGGGCUGACAUUGAUGCACUUUGUGUUGCACCAAGACAUAUUUUUCGUUCAGAUUUUUUUAAUUCAUUUUAUGAAUUACUUAAGAAACAACCAGAAGUGACAGAUCUAAGGGCCGUUGAAGAAGCUUUUGUACCGGUUAUAAAGAUGAAUUUUGAUGGCAUAGAAAUAGAUAUGUUAUUUGCUAAAUUGUUGCUUAAGGAAAUCCCAGAUUCCAUGGACCUUCGGGAUGAUCUUUUGCUAAAAAACUUGGACCAGAAGUGUGUUCGAAGUUUGAAUGGGUGUAGAGUAACAGAUGAAAUUCUGCGCCUUGUCCCCAAUAUCGAUAAUUUUAGACUAGCACUUAGAGCAAUUAAACUAUGGGCCAAAAGACACGGCAUCUACAGCAACGCUUUGGGGUAUCUCGGUGGAGUCUCGUGGGCCAUGUUAGUAGCAAGAACGUGUCAGCUAUAUCCAAAUGCGGCGGCUGCGACUUUGGUCCAUAAAUUUUUCCUUGUGUUUUCUCAGUGGAAGUGGCCUCAACCAGUAUUACUCAAGCAACCAUCAAGUGUCAACCUUGGAUUUGCUGUGUGGGAUCCUAGGGUCAACAUUCAAGACAGAUACCAUUUGAUGCCGAUUAUAACCCCAGCGUAUCCUCAACAAAAUUCCACGUUUAAUGUCUCAGCAUCUACACGCCACAUAAUGAUGGAAGAAUUUAAAUUGGGUUUGCAAUUGACAGACGACAUAAUGUUAAAUAAACAAUCGUGGGACAAACUGUUUGAACCACCAUUAUUUUUUAUGAAAUAUAAGCAUUUUAUAGUUCUACUGGUUAGCGCGGAAACUGCCGAAGAUCAUCUGGAAUGGUGUGGUCUAGUAGAAAGUAAAUUCCGCUUGCUCAUAGGAACUCUGGAAAGGAACCAAUAUAUAACGCUAGCACAUAUAAACCCUGAGAGUUUUAGUCAGUUGGAAUCUCAACGUGAACCAAACACACAAUGUUCCAUGUGGUUUAUAGGUUUAGAAUUUGCUAAAACGGAAAAUCUAAACGUUAAUCUAACAUACGAUAUUCAGUCAUUUACCGAAACCGUUCAAAAUCAUGCACUCAAUAUUAAUAUGCUCAAAGAGGGCAUGAAACUUGAGGCGAGACAUGUAAAAAGAAAACAGCUUUAUCAGUAUCUGUCUCCGAGUUUGAUAAAACGGGAACGAAAAACGAGUGUUUCAGCAAGAUCACAAACCAACGGAACGGAAAGUAAGAAACGGCAUUCGGAUCCAGGAAAUAGCGACAGUGAUAUUCCUAAUAAGAAAAUGAGGCUGUCAGAAGAACUGCAUACAACGUACGAUGAUAGUUCAAAUAAUUCAACAAGUUUGAAUGGUAACGACGAUUCUAACAGCAACAUUAGCCUAACAGAUGAAGCUCACAAUGUUCCACAAAAUGCUCCGCCACAUACAUCAAAUACUCCAUCAACUCAAGAAGCUGUCUGUACCUGAUAUCUGUAUUGAGCGUUAGCAGCAGUCGAUUUAUGUGUACAUAAAACUUUAUUUUUAGGUCGGGCCACGUAUCUACGUAGACCACUGUCAAUCACGUACGUAUAAUACAUACAAUUCAAAGAUAAUUUUGAAUGGUAAAAUAUUAUCGCAAAGUGCAAUGUUCGUAUUUUUAGCUUUUGUGUAUGUGUGGUUAGAGUGAGUGUGUUUUUGCAAUAUGUGUAUGUAAAUAAUUUAUAAAUAAAAAUAGAAAAACAUCCAUUUUCUUUAUUAUUAGUACAUGUUAAAUUUUUUAUUAAUUUUUGCGGUAAUAUUUUACAAAAUACUGGUGCAUCAUUUUUUAUAACAUAACAUUCUGAAUUGGUUUUGAAAAAGAAUUUUAAGCAGUACUUUGAUGUUAAUUUUAUAUAUUUUUAUGAGACCAUUGGUUACAAAAAUUGUUUUGUGAAAGAUAUUGUAUUAUUUACAUUGCUUAUCAUUAAUUUAGUAAACGUUUAAUUUAUGAUUUAUAUAAAAUACAAAUUUGAUUUUUUGUCAAUUUAUUCUUUAUUUUUGUAUGAGAAAGGGGAAGUAUAAACUGUUUAAAGUUCUUUUAACAGUUGUGUCUAAUUUAGAGAGUACUGUUGCAAAGUAUAGGAUCUUGACAUGUAAACAGUGACGAAAUAAAUAAAUACUUUCCCCUCA